AUGCCCGCAAAAAGAUUAGUUGAGAAUAAUAGAUGUGAGUGUCCCAGUUCACCGAAUAUUAAGCGUUUGAAGGGUGAUGCCAUUGGACAAUUUCCAAAACAUUGUGGUGCACUUGACUCUCGAGACGGUGAAAGGAAAUUGAAGGUAUCGCAGGGGGCUGUUUUGGACGUGAUGCCUCUGAGCAUUUGGGUACCUAAUGAUUUGCCAUAUUCGGUUAUGAAGACAUUGGUUUCACAUGGUAAGGUUGAUGCUCUUGAGACAAAAAUGACUGGGAAGAAUGUGGAAAUGGAUUUGCCAAAAGAGUUGGGAAAGUCUGAAUUGGUCAAUGUGGUGGCAAAUGGUGGUCAGCCUAGGCAGAUUGAUAUAGAAUGGCAAUCCACUGCACUAGACUUCCGUCAAUGCGGGGAAUGGGGAGCGUCAUAUAGAAGCAACCUUACCUCUACAUUCAGAGAGACUAUUUCUGCAACUCGAACUCUUGACACUCAGGUCACAAUAGAGCAAUCUUACCACUGUGCCAAGGUCCACCCUCAGGAAAUUGGGGAUGGAUAUGUGCAGGGGAGAAAGUUAGAACAGAAUGUUUCGAAGAAAAAUCCAGAAAAGGUUCAACAUGAACCUAGACAGGUCAACGAAAUGUGCAAGCUGGUUCAAGAGAAAACAUCUGAUUGUGAUCUCAAGCAGGAAGAAGAUGGAGAUGAAGUCCACAUUUUAUCUCCAUUGGAGUGGAAUUUGUUGGAAUCUGGUUUUAAGCGUCAGACGGUCUGUAACAUAGAUGGAGUUAGAAGUCUUGUUGAGAAAAGCUGUAAGGAUCCUGAAAAAUGCAACAGAAACAAUUUUUGUGAGGUUGAAAGUGGUGCACUGGCAGAGUCUCAAGAAGUAGAAUCUUUUCAACUGGCUCCUUCAUUUGUUGACAAUUUAACUGCUGAGCAGUGGGGGAAAAGGGUCUUUGAUUGUGGAUUUACUGAAUCUAUGUGUGGAUACAAAGGUCAGAAUUUUGAUUUAAUGGAUGUGGACAGAUCUAAAAAUGUUUCAGGAUCGAAUUCUACAAGAAAUGAAUCUCUUGCUCUUGGCAUGAAAACUGCUUAUCAUUGUAUGAGUUCAGCAUUUGGCAACGAUGAAGAACAUGAACUUAUUCUCGCAGCCAAAGAGUCAACUGAUGGGAGUAUUGUUCCUUAUGAUGAGUACCAGACACUUGUCAGUCGCAAUAAAGUAAGGGAGGCCGUAAAUCUCUUUGAAGAGAUGUAUAACAAGAUGUUUCAAGAAUAUAACACAAAGGACCCACGAAAGCCCGUUGGGCAGAUUCAUGUGGAAGCAGCAAUGGUUCUCAAAAAACAGCAAAAACAGGGUAAUGCUGAUAAGCACUUUCUGGGACAUGUUCCUGGUGUUGAAGUUGGUGAUAGGUUUCGGUUUUGGGCUGAACUUGUUAUUAUUGGCCUACAUCAUCAAUUUUCUUCAGGUAUACAUUACGUGAAGAAAGAUGGAAAAAUUUUAGCCACUAGCAUUGUGGCUUCUGGUCGUUAUUCAAACAACACAGAAUCUACUGAUGUUUUAGUAUAUUCGGGUCAAGGCGGAAAUCCAGCUACCGGAGAUAACAAACCUGAAGAUCAAAAGCUUGAGCGAGGUAAUCUUGCGUUAAAGAACAGCAUGGAUGCAAAAACUCCUGUAAGGGUUAUCCUUGGUCAUCGGAGGGACUCAAUAUACAUAUAUAAUGGUCUGUACACUGUGGAGGAGUAUUGGCAAGAAAGAGGGUCAUACGGCAAAUUAGUAUUUAGGUUUAAAUUAAAUAGAAUACCAGGGCUACCAAAAUUUACUCAACAAAUCCUGAUUAAGCCAAAAAAAUCUAAAGCAUGCUUUGAGCGUUGUGUGGCAGAUGAUGUAUCUGGUGGGAAAGAGAAAAUGUGCAUUCGUGCAAUGAAUGCUUUGGAUGAUGAGAAACCCCCACCUUUUACUUACAUAACCAAUAUGAUAUAUUCAGACUGGUAUGACCACUCUAUGCCAAUUGGUUGCGAUUGCACCAACGGAUGCUCUGAUUCUGAGCAAUGUUCUUGUGCAUUAAAGAAUGGAGGUGAGAUUCCUUUCAACAAUAGUGGUGCUAUUGUUAGAGCAAAACCUGUUGUCUAUGAGUGUGGUUCUUCUUGCAAAUGUCCCCCUUCUUGCAUGAAUAGAUCUACUCAACACAGUGUUCGAUAUCAGUUGGAGGUCUUCAAGACUGAAUCAAGGGGAUGGGGUGUUAGAUCACAAGAUUUUAUUUCGUCUGGAAGCUUUAUUUGUGAAUAUGUAGGCGAGUUGCUUCGAGAAAAGGAAGCUGAAGAAAGGGCUGGUAGUGAUGAGUAUUUGUUUGAUAUUGGGAAUUCCCAAUUUGAUGAAACAGAGGAUGAUACCUUUACUAUUGAUGCAGCACAGUUUGGGAAUGUUGGGAGAUUUAUUAACCAUAGUUGCUCGCCUAACCUUUAUGCUCAAAAUGUUUUUUAUGAUCAUGAUGACCAGAGAAUGCCUCAUGUAAUGUUGUUCGCUUCGAAGAACAUACCUCCUUUACGAGAACUAACUUAUGAUUACAAUUACAAGAUCGAUCAAGUUCGCGAUGCUAAUGGCAAUAUCAAGAAGAAGAAUUGUUAUUGCGGUGCUCGCAGACGAGUCGGAGCUGUUCACUUUCAAUGGAUUGCCUGGGAUCUUGAAACCUCUUGGCUUAUGAGGACAAGAGUGGAAACGUCUGUGAAAGAAUUGUGUUGCGGGGUGAAAGGUUUCUUGUUGGGCUUUUCAGCCCUCCUGUUCUCCACCUACUUGUGGAAGCAGGGCCCCGGGUGGGUGGGUUGUGAGAUUAAGUUUUCAAGGUGA